GGGUUUUCGAAUCGUCCAACAUUCAUGACGUUCAAACGUUCAUUAAUUCAUUGCUCUUUUUUUUUCACAGGACAACAUUGUUGCAAUGGAUUCAGAAUGCUGGCCGUUCUCCUUUACGGAGGCACGACAUGCAAAAAAAUGUCGAAAUCGAGAAGUCGUUGUUGCGGAGAAAAGGCGCAGCCAUUGUUCGGUAGGAUCAUGACAAUAGCGUGGAUACAAUGUCAACUAUACGGAGCUUCGAACUUCGAAGUCAAUUGUCUCGCAACGGUUUCCUGCCCACGGUCACCUGGCGAAGGUUUAUUUCCGGCUCCUUUUGUUGUCCUGGAUAUAUCUAUGGCCGCUGUCAACCUUGUCUAACCUAGACCCUCCUCGUUUGACUUGUGCCGUGUACAUAUUGCUCUGGUUCGUCUUCUUCCUCUUCCUGUAUCAUUUAGCUAUCACAUUCUCUGCUCUCGGACAUACUCUACGAUCCACUAAAAUGAACGCUACCUCCACCAUCCUCUAUCCCACACCCCCACCUACUGUCAACAACCUUGAUGCUCAGCAACGCGCUCGCCUUGUGCGAUCCACAAGGAAGCUGGGUGCUAUGCUAGGAGCUACACCUCAGCUUAUAGAAGUUGAUGCGAGACCCAAACCCAUUCCCGUUUCAUUUAGGUCCGCGGGCCAAUCGAGGCCCCUGACACCGAAAACGAAGACUCACCGUCGGCAUGGUUCUAUCUUUGAAGUUUUCCCUGAAACAUGUCCUUAUUCAUCGUCUUCCUCCACGAACUCGUCUGCUUUAUCUUUAACACUUCCGGAGCCGCGCUCGAGCGUCGAUGUUCUCCCCACACCCAAAUCAUUUUCCACUAAUCCCCGUCGUUCGGCUGACGCACCCCGUCCCCUCGUUCUCCGUCUUAAUGCACCUACACCCACUUCCGACCUUGCAUCACCCGACACCGCAACGACCAUAAAGUUCUCGCAUCACACGGACGGCAUGUUGACACCAACGCCAGUCACACCCGUUGUUCCUUCUGCCGCAGAACUCCGUCGGAAAAAGAUUGCCAAACUCACUCGUACUCUUGGCGAGAAUGUACCACCGGAGCUCGUUUUCUCCAAGGUACCUCCGCAAUCUUACUUCACGCCAGAACCCCUCCCGCGUAAGCAACGGAGUAUGUCUGUGGAUGAGUCAACAGGGGAUGAUGUGUUUGCACGUACCUCGCGGAUUUGGGUCACUGGUACAAAGGCAUGGCAGGGCGCAUGGAACAGGAAAGACAUAGUGGAGGUGCAGAAGCAGCUACGAAACUUGAAGGCUCGGUGAGGGAUGCAAUUUCCAGUCAUGGUAUAUGACUCUGGUUUGUGAUAAAACGUUUCAGUGACAUCGUUCUACUUUAUGGACUUGCUUAAUUACUGCACUGUGGACAGUUUCACGACGAGGUCUGGCUUGGCUGCGCCAUCAUUCUCGUAUUUCAUUCAUGAUAUGCUCGUAUGUUCUGUACCUCUUAUACACAUUUAAUGACCAGGUAUCCUGCUGAUAAUUCUUUAUCGG